UAAACUGCUGUAUUGUGUUUUGAGUGUAACGUUGAAAUUUUCUGUUGGGCUAGUUUUUUCGUGAAGUUUAUUUUCAUAAAAGGAAGAAUAUUAUUUGAGGAGUCUACAUCAGAAUAACGUCUUAUGAUUACAAACUUACAGGACGAAAACUACAACUGCUUGAAAAUGUCGUAAGAUUCUGAUUGGAGAUGAAAGGAUGAACUAUGGAAUCACGAAGUGCGCCGCCAAGCCCCGACGAGUCGGGGGAGGCGGUGUAUGAUUCCCGCUGUGGGCGGUAUCCAACGCCUUCUCUUCAGAGAACGUUUGCCAGUUGCCGCGAAACUACCAGACCUCGGCCUCACCACCGCCAUGCGGCCUCCGAGCCUGCACGACCCGAUGAUCGCGUCCUCAUCACUGCUGAAGUACAUGACUACCCAUCUUCUGAGUCUGGCAUCGCAGCGGAUUGUCCUCAUCCACACAUGAGUAAUGCUGACGAUAGUCCUUCUUAUGAUAGAUCUGAUUAUGAAGGCAACUCAAGUUACAGUUUGAGACAUACACCUGAAUAUCACCAUACUCUAGACUGUAAACAUCGCCCGAUUGAUUAUAAUCGCAGUCACACACCUGACUAUAACCACGGCCAUGGCUCAGACUGUGAUCGAUCUCAUCCACGGUCACAAACUGCUAGGCGCCCUCAUAGAAAGCAUAGAAGAGAAGAAGAUGAUGGUGCACAGUCUUUGGACGAAAGGUGUGCUCGAGAUUUGGAUGAAAUUUUACCGGCGAGAUUGGCAGCUGUCAAUUUGUCUAGAGAGCCUCCACCUCAGACUUGGAAUAGAAGUAAUAUUGCUGCUACGAUGGAACGGUUUGAACCAGUUGAUUAUUCUUAUGCAUAUUAUGAUCAUCAUUUAUCUAUGCCAUCGUCAUCUAGGAAAGCAAAUCGCCAACGUGGGCGAGGCGGAAUACCACGAGAUCGGUCCGCUAGACAUAACUAUGUAACUAGAUAUGGAACAGAAGAAAAUAUAUAUGAAGAAAUUACAGAUGGUUCCAGGACGUGUCCAAAACACCGAUAUGUACCCCGACAAUCUCUGGUCUCAUUAGAUCGAAGUGUGGUAGAGGAAGAAGUACGCAGGGUAGAGUCCAGGCAUAAAAGAAUUUUAGGCGAACUAAAUCUUAGCGUUGAGGCCAUGUUAAUGCCCGAAUGUGAAUCACCAGAUUCGGAACGAGCAGAAGAUAGAGACAAUAUAGAAGAAUUAUUACGAGUAGGUCCAACUGAUGAAUUACUAUCACCAGCAAGCUGUAAUCCCCCAGACUUAGAUAGCGGAUUUAGUGGCAGUAGUAGUGGAGCAAGUUAUGUAGGCAGUCUUCGACGCAAGCCAACUGGAUCGGUACCUCACUUACCUGCUGUGGCAUAUGGAACUCGAGGAGCUGGUGUCCGUAUACUUGGUGCUGAUGAAUGCGGAAUGCGAGGUCCAAGAGAUGCUCCUUCUCCACGAAGUUCAAGCUGUGGAGAUGCUAAAGCUAGUGGUUUUUGGAAUAAAAAGGCAUGGAAGAAAAUAUCUGGGUUUUCAAGCUCUAAUAGCAUCAACAAAGCAGGACUAACUGGUCUGCUCGUUAGGUACACUUUCCGGCGUAAGUCCGGCUCGCAGGGCUCUCAGGGCAAGCGGCGUUCCGAGCCCGUCAAAUGCGAUGCGUGCCUCUCACAACGAUGUUAGCCGCUUUAUGCUACUCCAACGGAAAACUGGUGGUGCCGUUGGAUUCCCUAGCCCAGAGCUGAGGGGCCCAGCCCCCUCGCCAUCCCCGCUUCGAACUCCUCAGAGGGACUGCUAAACACGAAGGGACAACGAUAAAUACAAAAAUAGUUGCAUAAAUCACUAUAGAACUUUGUAAAUCAUUUCAACGGAAACAUUCCAAAUGACUUUGUGAGGAUAAAUUACAGUGUGACGACACCCUUAUGAGUCUCAAAGACAAACAGGUGUGUGGAAGUGUGCGGUGGAACAAAAUGACUUUUGUAAUGAGGCGUGUAUACGGUGAAGUGAUAGAAAAGCCUAAUUAAUAAUUUGUAUUGUUAUUGGGAUCGUUUCAUAGAAACGUAAGGAGUAAGUUGUUGUUACUUAUCAAUUUUUAGUAGUAAUAGGUACAUGAAAAGGCUGAUAAUUUGAAUCAGGUUUUGUACAUGAUAAAUGCUGCCAUUUUAGCUAAUUAACUGUUCAUUACACUUUAGAUGUUCAAUGAAGUUUGCUAUUAUGGUAUUGUUGAUGUAUUGAAGUAAACUCUUGGUCAGUUAAAGAUUAGCAUCCUUUUAUAACGUUGUUUAGAGAUAGCAAGUCAGUUUUGAAUAUACUAUUUUACCACAAUAUUUAUUUUUAUUUUAAAUCUCACCGGCCAGUCGAAUAUAAAAAGUUGUUAUCGAAUUUCAAUAGUGAAAUAUACAAAAAUAUCGCAAUGUUCACUGAGUAAAUAUAUUCUGUAUUUAAUUGAUGUAUUUGAUAAUUAUAUAGAUGGUCCAACCUAUUUAUUUUUAAUACCUCUUAGGAACCGUGUAUAAACUUUGUUUUAUAAAUAAAAUGUUAUUCAUCGAAAUAACGCAAAUGUUAAUAAUUGUUAGUACAUAGUUGUAUAUUUUGUAAAUAUCUAUUGAAAAAAACAUGGUGCACUUUUUUAUGUUACUUGAUCAGUAAUAUAUAUACGUAGUCACAUUUGAAUUCGCUUGAUUAUUCGUUUCAUAGACCGCUAAAUAGGAUAAAUUUAAUUUGAUCUAAAUGUCAUGACAGCUUGAAUGAAUAGAUACUACAUAAAUGAAAUUUUCUCUGCGUUCGUGUUUAAUUUUCUUAUCAAAUUAAAUUUUGUACAUUUUCCAGCUAUGUCGCUAUAACACCAACUACCUUACUGCAUUUAGCAAAUAUAAUUCUAACAUUACAUUAAAUACAAUUUCUAUCUGAUCUGAAGUGUGAAGGCCAAGAAAAUCUUGGGCUUUAACACUGAAAAUGUUCAUCGUAAAAAUUUCCUUUAAAACAUUAAAACUGACAUUACUUAAGGUAUGUCAAUAAAACCUGUUAUCAAACAAAACAAACCUUCAACAAAAUAUCGCCAUUAUCUACAGCUUCGUGUAAGCUCCAACUAUACCUAUAACCGCUUUACAAACCCUAUGUAGAAAGAGAUAUUUUCUGUUGUAAAAUGUUCUUUGAAAAUAAUUCAAUGGUAAAUCCGCGAGGUAAAUCUAUUGAAUUAGAUGAAAAGCAAGUGACAUUCGUCGCGCUCUAUUGUCGGUUUCGUUUGCGCAUUCUAUAACAACCGCGGGACCACCAGUGUAAAAGCCUUUCGUUUGCAUUUUAAUAAUAUUUUUGCUCAUAGUCACUUUUUUAUCACCUCUGUUGAGAACAUACGUUGCUAACCUACGUAGAUCUUCGUAGACAAGUGUGUAUUGUUCAUUUUCUGCACAUUAAAUAAAACAAUUCAAAUUAUUCCUGACAUUUUUAAUUAUAUAGGUAAGUUUUUAAUGGUGGAGUUGCGGCGUGCGGAAAUCUGUUCGUACAUCAACAAUCUGUUGACAAAGAGAGUUGACGCCAACGUUGAGUUGAUCUUAAAAAUUUAAAGACCUAUGUAAGAUACCUAGAUAAGAUAGCCAAGUAUGCAGCCAAAAACCCCAUGGAUUGGAGAGAGACAAUUCUCAAUAAAUUCUUCCCAAUAUAACAUCUGACAGACACCCAGACUGAUCUGUAUUCCAUCCACAAUAUUCCCUCCCCUAUUUCUUCAUUUCGACGAUGUUCUUCUAUGUAAUCUUAUUUUACAUUCACGCUGUCUUGGCAAAAUAGGGCCCAUUUUAACUUGAAAUAUCUACAGGUUGUAGAAAAAGUUGACAGGUGAUUCACGCCGUGGUUUUCGUAAUAAAAUCAUUUUACUUAAUAAUUAAUAUAAAAUAAAUCAUUAACUGAAGAUAUUAUUUUCGAACAAAUUGAAAUGAAAAGAAAUUAAUUUACUUUUUCACCGAUAUAACUGCAAGUGCGCGAGUUAAUACUGAUUUUUGCUUUUCGUCUUAGUCGUAACGAAAUAUUUUACACGGGGCAAGUAAAUCACGUUAUAGGUAAACUACAGUGUGGAACAUCUGUCAAUCCUCCAGAUUCAAAUGCUCGUGCGUUUGUUAUACAUUCACUAGUCAGAAGUGAAAAAAUAAUUUUAAUAAUUCUAUUGUUAUUCGUCGCACUUGUCUGUACACAUUGAUCUGUAUGGCCUACUCUACUCUAUUUUCAAUUAAACUUAUGUAAAUAUAGUGUACAACAUUUCAAAUUAUUCGCAUGACAUGGUAACGAUUUAGAUACAUUGUGUUUUUGGAGUCUUUUGCGAAAUCAUGGGGUGUUGGUAGCACUGAAUUAUCAAUACAUUAAUAAUUAUGAAAAUAAACCUUUUUUGACAGGUUUUUUUUUUCCAUUUUCAAGCAAAAAAUAUUUCCAGCAAAUACCCAGAAAUGUCAAAAAAUAAAAAUAAAAUCAGGCCACCAACAUCAUAAUGUACAGUCGACUUGAAUUUUUACUGUUCUUAAACUAUAUGACUGAUACGCAACGUAAAUAAUCUCAAUGUUACAUGAAAUAAUUAUUUCUUUGUCUGUAAUUUAGUGAUCGUGUUCAAGUCAAAAGAGAUUUUUAUCAAAUAAAUCAUAAAAUAUA